AUGUUCAUGCACUCAUCCCCACCUCCCUCUCCCCCUCAGCAAACCCCCGAGGAGGAGCUGUGCAACCUCCUGACCAACAUCAUCUUCUCGGUGACGUGGCGCGGGGUGGAGGGCUGGGACGAGGCGGCCUGGCGGGAGCGUGGCCAGGUCUUCUCAGUGCUCACCAAGCUGGGCACGGCCUGCGAGCUGGUGCGGCCGCCCGACGAGAUCAAGCGCAGCCUGCUGGAGAUGAUGCUGGAGUCGGCGCUGACGGACCUGAAGGAGUCGGGCCCGGCGGCGCUGCCCGGGCUCACCCACAACGCCCUCAAGCUGCUGCGGCUGCUGCAGGAUUUCCUCUUCUCCGAGGGACACAACAACCAGGCCCUGUGGAGCGAGAAGAUCUACGAGGGGGUCAGCAGCCUGCUGGACAAGCUGGGCGUGUGGCACCACCUGGCCAACGGCACCUCGGACCUCAAGGAGAUGGCGCAGACGGGGCUGCGGGUGCUGCUGGGGUACAUCCUGCUGCAGGACCCCCAGCUGCACUCCCUGGCCUAUGUGAAGCUGCACAGCCUCCUGCAGACCACGUCAGCCCCACGCAGGGACGAGGCUUGUUACCUGCUGGGCAAGCUGGAGACGCCCCUGCGGCGCUCGCUGGAUUCCAGGUCAGAGACCUUCUCCUGGCUGGUGCCCAUCAUCCGCACGCUGAUGGAUCAGUGCUACGAGACCCUGCAGCUGCAGCAGUUCCUGCCCUCGCUGCCCCCCACCAACGGCAGCCCCACCUUCUACGAGGAUUUCCAGCUCUUCUGCACCACCCCGGAGUGGAGGGGCUUCAUCGAGAAGCACGUGCAGCCCACCAUGGCCCAGUUUGAGAUGGACACGUUUGCCAGGAGCCACGACCUGAUGUCCAAUUUCUGGAACGCCUGUUACGAUGCCAUGAUGAGCAGCUCCCAGCGCCGCGAGCAGGAGAAGGCGGCCAGCCGCAAAUUGUUCCAGGAGCUGGUGCUGGAGCCGGCGGCCAAGCGCUGCAAGGCGGAGAACGCCCGGCAUGCCAACGUCCUCAAGCAGAACAGCAACCAGCACAGCACCGUGCUGAAGCAGUGGCGCUCCCUGUGCCGCCUGCUCACCUCGCCCCGCUCCGCCUGGGCCGACCGGAACCCGCCCGAGGUUCGCUGGAAGCUGUCCAGUGCCGAGACCUACUCCCGCAUGAGGCUGAAGCUGGUGCCCAACCUCAAUUUCGACCAACACCUGGAGGCCAGCGCCCUACGGGACAAUCUGGGAGCUGACCACCUCCAGAAUCCUGCCGAGUCCCUCCCGCUCGCCAUGGCCAAGGAGGCCAAGGUGAGCGAGCUGGAGGAUGACCAGCUGGCCGAGGAGGACCUGCCUGUCCUGGACAACCAGGCUGAGCCCAAGGAGCAGAACCAGCGGGAGAAGCUGGUGGUGUCGGAGGACUGCGAGCUCAUCACCACGGUGGCCGUGGUCCCCGGGCGCCUGGAGGUGACGACCCAGCACGUUUAUUUCUACGACGGCAGCAGCGAGAAGGAGGAGACGGAGGGAGGGAUCGGCUACGACUUCAAGCGCCCCUUGUCCCACCUGCGCGAGGUUCACCUGCGCCGCUACAACCUGCGCCGCUCCGCCCUCGAGCUCUUCUUCAUCGACCAGGCCAACUACUUCCUCAACUUCAGAAAGAAGGUGAGGAACAAGGUGUAUUCCUGCAUCCUUGGCCUGCGGCCCCCCAACCAGACCUAUUUUGGCAGCCGGUCCCCCCAGGAGCUGCUCAAAGCCUCAGGACUCACACAGAAAUGGGUCCUGCGGGAGAUCUCCAACUUCGAGUACCUCAUGCAGCUGAACACCAUUGCAGGGCGCACCUACAACGACCUGUCCCAGUACCCUGUGUUCCCCUGGAUCCUGCGGGAUUAUGUCUCGGAGACCCUGGACCUCACCAACCCGGCCGUGUUCCGGGACCUGUCCAAGCCCAUCGGGGUGGCCAACGAGCGGCACGCCCGCGACGUCAAGGAGAAGUAUGAGAGCUUCGAGGACCCCACGGGCACGGUGGACAAGUUCCACUACGGCACUCACUACUCCAACGCCGCCGGGGUCAUGCACUACCUGAUCCGCACCGAGCCCUUCACCACCCUCCACAUCCAGCUGCAGAGUGGCAGGUUUGACUGCUCGGACCGGCAGUUCCACUCGGUGCCGGCAGCGUGGCAAGCCCGCAUGGAGAACCCGGUGGAUGUCAAGGAGCUCAUCCCGGAGUUCUUCUACUUCCCGGAGUUCCUGGAGAACCAGAACGGCUUUGACCUGGGCUGUCUGCAGCUCUCCAAUGAGAAGGUUGGGGACGUGGUGCUGCCGCGGUGGGCACGGUCCCGGGAGGAUUUCAUCCACCAGCACCGCAAAGCCCUGGAGUCGGAAUAUGUCUCCGCCCACCUCCACGAGUGGAUCGACCUCAUUUUUGGGUACAAGCAGCGCGGCCCGGCCGCCGUGGAGGCCCUGAAUGUCUUCUACUACUGCACCUAUGAGGGGGCCGUGGACCUGGACGCCAUCACGGACGAGACGCAGCGCAAAGCUCUGGAGGGCAUCAUCAGCAACUUCGGGCAGACGCCCUGCCAGCUGCUCAAGGAGCCCCACCCAGCCCGGCUGUCGGCAGAGAGUGCUGCCCGCAGGCUGGCCCAGCUCGACACCCGCUCCCCAAACGUCUUUGAGAACCUGGACCAGCUCAAGUCCUUCUUUGUGGAGGGUAUCAGCGAUGGGGUGGCCCUGGUGCAGGCCGUGGUCCCCAAGAACCAGGCGCAUUCCUUCAUCACUCAGGGAUCCCCCGACAUCCUGGUCACCGUGAGUGCCAACGGUUUGUUGGGGACCCAUAACUGGCUGCCCUACGACAAGAACAUCUCCAACUACUUCAGCUUCACCAAAGACCCCACUGUCACCAACGCCAAGACCCAGCGCUUCCUGCAGGGCCCCUUCGCCCCCGGGGCCGACCUGAGCUCCCGCACGCUGGCCGUGUCCCCUGAUGGGAAGCUGCUCUUCAGCGGGGGACACUGGGACAACAGCCUGCGUGUCACCUCGCUGGCCAAGGGCAAGGUCGUGGGGCACAUCACCCGGCACAUAGAUGUUGUCACCUGCCUGUCACUCGAUCUCUGCGGCAUCUACCUCAUUUCUGGCUCGCGGGACACCACCUGCAUGGUGUGGCAGGUCCUACAGCAGGGUGGCUUUUCCAGCGGCUUGGCUCCCAAACCCGUCCAGGUGCUGUACGGCCACGACGCCGAGGUGACGUGUGUGGCCAUCAGCACCGAGCUGGACAUGGCCGUGUCCGGCUCCAAGGACGGCACCAUCAUCACCCACACCGUGCGCAGGGGUCUCUUCAUCCGCUCCCUGCGGCCGCCCGGCGAGAGUUGUCCCCCAGCCGUCCUGUCCCACCUGGCUGUGGGACCCGAGGGACAGGUGGUGGCCCAAACCGCCGUGGGGCAACCCUCCUGCUCCAAGGACAGGUUUGCUCUGCACCUGUACUCGGUGAACGGGAAGCUCCUGUCCUCCGUCCCGCUGGACCGGGAGGUGACAGCCAUGUGCCUGACCGAGGACUUCGUGGUGCUGGGGACCUCGGAGUGCGGCCUGGAGAUCCGUGAGCUCCAGAGCCUCAGGGCGGCCGUGCCCCCCGUGCCCAUGCGGGUGCCCGUGCGCAGCGUGUCCGUCACCAAGGAGAAGAGCCACAUCCUGGUGGGGCUGGAGGAUGGAAAACUCAUCGUGGUGGGCGCUGGGCAGCCCGCAGAGGUGCGGCCGGGCCAGUUCCACCGGCGGCUGUGGCGUUCCACGCGGCGCAUCUCGCAGGUGUCGGCCGGAGAGACGGAGUACAACCCCUGCGAGGGCAGGGCCUAGGCUGGCACCACCCCGGGCCCCAGAGCCCCCACACGGACUGGGGGUCCCCCCAGAGCCCCCACACGGACUGGGGCCCCCCAGAGCCCCACACACGGACUGGGGGCCCCCCAGAGCCCUGCCCCGCCCCACACCCGUGGCCUUACCCAGCCCCGCUGGGGUGUCCAGCCCCCCCUGGAUUUUGGGGAGAUCUCACAGCAGGAUGGGGGACAGGAGGAGGUGGGGACCCCUCUCUGGGAAAUGGGGGUGGCACAGCCCCCCCCCUCCCCACCGUGCAUGCUGGCCAGGAGCCAGCAGCGUGUGGGUGUUCCCCCCCUCCUUAUUUUUUAUUUCUAUCCAUUUUUAGAGCUUUUACAGAAGAAGAAUUGUUAAUAAUAAUUAAUAAUAAUAAUAUAUCUGUGGGAAAUCAAGGUGUGAGGGC